GUUUUGAGAUCGAGAUUUUCUGGAAAAGCUGGGAACCUUGGGAACGUGUUUUCAAUGAAGAUAAAUAAAUAAAGUUGUAUAAAUUUGUUAAACACGUUCUAAAUUUGUUUUAAUCAUGACAAUUAAUGCAAAUGAUUGACUAUUGUUUUGAAAAAAUUACAAAGCGAUAGCAAUGUUUAUUUUUAUUUGCUAGGGCUUCGAAUAAUUGAUACAACGUAUUUUAUUCCUCCAUUCAAUUAUCACCGGUUUGAAAGAAGGAAGUAUAAACUACCUUCAGACAUUUGUGUAUUUUUGUAUUGUUAUGGGCUAUGAUGGAGUUUUCUCCCUUUUUAAAUGGAAAGAUUCAUCUUCUACACUAUACUAUGAAAUAAGUUUAAAGAUACAAUUGUUGAAAGAGUGCAUCUUUUGUUUCUUACGAUCUGCUAUUCAUUUAUCUAGAAAUAUAUAUUUGGAAUAAAACUGUAUCACAAUGAGUGAAAAUUCGCGACCUUUUGUUCCUAAAACUCCAAUUGACUUUCAAAAGUUAAAACUUGACAGAUUGAUGGCAAAUCCAGAUAAGCCAGUCAUUAUACCUGAUGGUCCUAGAGAAAGAAAAGGCUUUUCUGUUCCAGAAUUUGUUCGAAAUGUCAUGGGAUCAAGUGCUGGAGCUGGUAGUGGUGAAUUUCAUGUUUAUAGACAUCUGAGAAGAAAAGAAUAUACAAGACAAAAAAUGAUUGAAGGAAAGGCUGAAAAAGAAAAAUUAGAUGAAGAAUUUCAAAGAAAAAUAGAAGAAAAUAAAAGAAAAAUGGAAGAAAAGACAUCUAAAAAUCGUGCCAAAAGGCUGAAACGAAAAGAAAGGAAAAAGCUGAAAAAAGGUACUAAAAAUCUUCAAAGUGAGAAAAAAGAAACUAGCUCUGAUAGUGAGAGCGAGGAAAGCUCAAAUGAACAAGAUUUGGAGCAAGAUGAAAAUUCAUUAGUUAAUCCAAAAAGUGACGAAGUCUCUGAUACUAAAGACUCAAGUUAGAGAAGAUUGACAAACAUACAACUUUUCAGAAUUACACUUAUUAUUGAGGUGUAAUAGGUAGUGAUUGUGUAAGUUUAAAAAAUUAUUUUUCUGCUUCUUCUCUCAAUAAUUUUUCAUCCUUUUUUCAAAGAAAGAAAAAUCUGAGAUCAAAAAUAAUUGACAGUUUUCGCUGCUAUGCUGGAGGGUUUCUGCUACCAAGUAAUAUUUUGUACUUCAUAUAAUUUAUAUUCAGCAAUAUGAAUUAAGAGGAAAUUAACAUAGUAGAAAAAAAAUUAAGCAAUGAACAUGCAAAGUAGGAAAUAUUUUUUAUAAAUUGAUAAUUAAACAUCUGAUGUCCAAAAACUACUUAUUAAACAGCCUCAUAUUUUAUACAUAUAUUGCUUUGAGUAUUCAUUUAAAUACUCAAUUUCUGAAAAAGUAGAAAGAUUGGAAAAAUUAUUGAUUGAUUUUGGAAAAUAAGAUGGGUAAUAAUAUUCUGAGGCCAGUUAUUUUCAUACAACUGCACACAUUUUAAAUUCUUCUUCCUAUUGAUUUGAAUCAAGUGAGAAAAAAAUUUAUUUUUGUGUCACAGUUUUUAAAUAAUUAAAACUUGGUUGUUAUUAUUAUAUAAACGUUUCUUUUUUUCUUUUUUUUUUAGUGAUUAUUUUUGUGAUUUAUUGUGAAUACCAAAAA